GACCGAUAAGACACAGACUCAUCAGAUUCGUUCCAUCUUUGUUGAGAUGCGGAUGCGACUCGGUCCAGUAAUUUUAGUUUUCUGUUCGUGUCAUUUGCAACUCGCCUCACUGCUAUCAGUCGCCCUUCGUGCUAAUCUUUAGAGUGCAUCCACAAGUUCCAUUACUAUACAAUUGUGCGUAAAAAGGAAGAAAGUGACGUUUGAUCCUAGGAUAUUGUUUUAUUUUUAAUUUAUCAGCUCGACAAGCUUCUAUUAUUCUACGAUGGAGACAGUGUGAACUAAUUUUGUGAUCAUCGGUUUACUCAGUGUUUGUUCACUAACUAGUUAUUCACUGCUGAACCCGCACGUGCCAAGUGAACUUUCAGAUCCGUAACUUCACCGCGACCGUUACUUAUGCGGUAUAGUAUUGAAAUAUUUAUUGCCUUUCUGCAAUUUAUGAUUCGUAAAUUUAACCACAUUGAGACGAAAUUCGCGUUCCCGAUAGUGACGAAGUAGGGUUAUACCUAGACGAAGGAAAUUGGUUUCUCCCGUUGCCCUGAUCAGGCAAUCCGCUGCAAAGUUUGAAUGAGCAGGAGGGAAGGAACGAAUAUAGUGAUACCUGGUUACGCCAUUGAAGGGGGUGAAGGAAGUUGCUAGCGAGUAGAAGGACACGCAAUCCAAUCGUGGGAAAGAUCCGGACGACAGCUUUCAUACUUGGUGUGGCGGUAGUAUCGUAUAUAGGGAGAAAAGGCAGCAAGAGCCUCGGUAAAGGACCACCAUGGACAACGAUAAGGAGCACACUCAGGUUCUGAUUAUCGAACCGAAGAAAAACUAUGGAAGCGCUGCCAAUGCCACCGAUGUUGCUUGGACUACGAAGCCACUGCAGCAGCAGAGAUCAGUUAUCUAUUGUGUGCAUGGAAAACUGGCGCAAUCCUGCUGUGAACUACCGGACGACCUGAACAUUAGGAAAAUUGAGUCACACUGUCACCGGCCGAGGACCGACGGAGUGGAUAAGGUCGCCAGGAAGAAAUUAAUUAUAGCCAGCGUACUGUGCGUUAUCUUCAUGAUAGCUGAGAUAAUAGGGGGCGUCUACUCCAACAGCCUGGCAAUAGCAACAGAUGCAGCGCAUUUAUUAGCCGACUUGGCCAGCUUCAUGAUAUCGCUGUUCGCGCUCUGGAUCGCAGCGAGACCGUCCACCAAGAGGUUAUCAUUCGGAUGGCAUCGGGCCGAGGUGAUUGGAGCUCUGACGUCGGUCCUAAUGAUUUGGGUCGUGACAGCGAUUCUGUUCUAUAUGGCCAUCAUGAGAACGAUUGAACGGAACUUCGAGCUGGAUGGGAAGGUGAUGCUGAUCACUUCCGGAUUGGGGAUUCUCGUGAAUAUCAUCAUGGGAGCCACGCUGCACACCCACGGCCACAGUCAUUCAUCGCCGUCGCUGAACGACAGCAAGCAUGCCAGCUCGAGCAACGGUCACAGUCACAGCCACAGCCACAACCACAACGAGGGAUACACGGAGGAAAACAUCAACGUGCGGGCGGCCUUCAUCCACGUGCUGAGCGACUUUGUGCAAAGUCUCGGCGUGUUCAUUGCAGCUCUCGUCAUCUACUUCAAACCGGAGUGGAGCAUUAUCGAUCCGGUGUGUACGUUCCUGUUCUCGAUUCUGGUGCUGGCAACCACCAUUGCCAUCAUGAAGGAUGCACUGUUGGUCCUGAUGGAAGGUACGCCAAAGUAUCUUGAUUACACCGAGGUGAUGCAGGUAUUCCUUCAGAUCGAGGGUGUCGUACGGGUGCAUAAUUUAAGAAUAUGGGCGCUUAGCAUCAACAAGAUAGCGCUGUCGGCUCAUUUGGCUGUCGCCCCGAAUACGAACACGGAAGCAGUACUCCAGCAAGCAACACGUUCCGUUCAUGCAAAAUAUGAUUUUUUCGAAACCACACUGCAAAUCGAGGAGUUCCAGGCAGACAUGGAAGAUUGCAAUCAAUGUACGAACCCGAUGUGAGGCUGCCCCUGGUGCUGGUACCGGUGCCGGAUGUGGAUUGGAAGCGAAUCGUGGGAAAACUAGAUGGCGAGGAAGGCAGCUUUUAUCUCUUUGGGGUGCUUCUGGCUGCUGUGUACCGUACGUAAAGGAAGGAAGGAAAGCUAAGUCGGUUAAAGUGAAGUCAAGUGUAUAUGUGUGAUGUGAAACAGAUAGGAAUAAUACAAUCAGGAAUACAGCAGCGCAGUUGGUAGGUAAACAAUCAUAAACUUAUUUGUAUUCAGACGAUACAAGACCAGUAAUGAAAGAUGAAAAAUCCAAAAGAACGCUGCAAAUAAAAACAGGCGCCCAAAAGCCUAAACAUGUGAA